AUGGAGGACGGUGGAACGGACCCCGAGAACAACAAUAGUAGCCACUGUGGAAUGUUAGGAAUCAGCAUGCCAUGCGAAGGAGCCACCGGUCAUGACUUUGCCACCGUCCGCAAGGAGCUGGAGUACGCCAGCGCGAUCGCCGCGCACUACGGGGCGUCCGAGAAGGGCGAUCGAGUCAUUGGCUACAAGAUAGAGUCUGACUCUGUGUCCCUCUCUCCGACAGUGCAAGAUAUGCUCAACCUGCAGAAGCUCCAGAGUUUGGCCCAGCUGACCGGGGCAAGUGUGCUGGCACCGGGUCUGGGUCUGCCGAGCGCUUCGCCACUCCUCGCGAACUCACCACUCAACCUAAGCCUUUCGAGCCAGAGCCACAGCCCGGUGCUGGGGCUCGGGCCAGCCCCGGCACCGCUGGCUCCGGCGGCACCCCAGAUGCCCCAGCUGCUGCUGGCCUCGGGGCAGAUCCUGCAAGGGAUCCAGGGAGCCCAACUGCUGAUACCGACCUCCCAAGGGAUUGCGACCCAGACGAUCCUCACGAUACCGGUCGGCCAGCAGGUGAUAUCGGGUAUGAGCAGCGAGGCGUUACUCCAGUCGCUUAACUUCAACAGCACCCUAAGUGAUUCGCUGAGCUCGCAGGCCGCCCAAGCGGCCGCCGCCGCCGCUGCAGCAAGUGGAGCGGCCCUGUUUGCCACUCCGAGAGACGCCAGCCCCGUGGCCGGGUCAGGAUUACUGUCGACGCAACUGUUGGGCUCCGCCGGCCACUCACUGCAGCAGCACCAGCAACAACAGCAACACUCUCCCAAAGCCCUACACUACGCCAAUCACCAUCAUCACCUGCACCACGUUGCGGACGUUGGGAAGCUAAGGCCAGGCACGUCCACAGCCUCCUCGUCCACGGCCACGGCCGUCAGCGGCUCCUCGCUAGCGGGUUGCCUAGCGGCGCAACCUUCGACCCAUCACCAACAGCAGCAGCAGCCAUCCGCUCAUAGCUCGAUAGCCUCUUCCAGCGCACCGGGGACGUUGACCGCUGGUCGCGCUACGCCGGAUUCGGGACUCCGGUUGAAGGUGUUGCACGUCGCGACCGGAGCCGGUGAGUCGCCGAAGCGGAUCUCGCUCGCGGCUUCUUCGCCACCGGUGGCCAUCCUUAGCCGGCCGGCCAGCUACACCUCCUGCUCGUCGUCGUCGUAUGAGAAGCCGAUCCCCCUGAAGCGGGCCCUCUCCCCGGCCAGUCUGCCACCGAACGGGCAUCUGCAGGUGAACGUCCAGAUCGCCAGCCCUCGGUCACCGUCCGAUAGUGCAAUCAGCAGACUUGGCCUGCAGACGAGCGGUGGUGAGCUGAUCGCCAGUAAAUCGAAACCGUCGCCGGCGAGCUCGUCCGGCUCGUCCGGCCUGUCGCUGGCGAAGGACCAACCACCGCAGACAUCGUCCCUCCGUGGAUCCGUGUCACCCCUGCACCACCACCACCACCACCAUUCCUCCGGUGGCCCGGGCACCGUGUCCUCGUCCUCGGCCCGGCCCGGAUCCUGCGAUCUCGAGCUGAUAGAGCACCACGUCCGAAGCGCGUCCGGUGGCCCAAGCGAUGAGCUACCGGAGCACCUCGACAAACCGUCGAUAGCGGCCAGCGGUAGUACCAGCCAAUCCCUGCAGAAACGGCCACACCACCACCAGCACCAUCACCACCAGCAUGGCGGUGGCGAGCCGAGCACCUCACCGCCGAAGCUAAGUCCCGCCGGUUCGGCGCGGCUCGACUCGACCCACAGCGACGACGACGACGACGAGGAAACGUCGAACCAAGAGUUUCUGGAGGAGCACCCAAAUGAAUUAACAAUCAAUCAAACUAAUUGCAACGUGGUGGACGGUAUCGAUCUGGACGACAUCAAGGAGUUCGCCAAAGCGUUCAAGUUGCGGCGCCUGUCGCUCGGGCUGACGCAAACGCAAGUCGGCCAGGCCCUGUCCGUGACUGAGGGUCCCGCCUACAGCCAGAGUGCGAUCUGCAGUGCCCUGGCCGCUCAGAUGUAUUGUGCAGCGCAGCUUUCGUCGCAGCAGCAGCAAAUGUUUGAAAAGUUAGACAUUACUCCCAAAAGUGCACAAAAAAUAAAGCCCGUCCUCGAGCGCUGGAUGAAGGAGGCCGAAGAAAGUCACUCGUCCAGGUACAAAACGGGCCAGAACCACGUGCCCGACUUUAUCGGCGUCGAGCCGUCGAAGAAGCGGAAACGGAGGACCUCGUUCACGCCGCAGGCACUCGAACUGCUCAACGGGCACUUCGAGCGUAACACGCACCCGUCCGGUACCGAAAUCACCGGCCUAGCACACCAGCUCGGAUACGAGCGGGAAGUGAUCCGAAUCUGGUUCUGCAACAAGCGGCAAGCGCUCAAGAACACCGUACGGAUGAUGUCGAAAAGCUUCAAGAUGGAGAACACUUAAAGGGCGUUAAACGCACGGAAAUUUUUUAGGAAGAGAUCGAAAGAAUUACGAAGAAUUACGGUCGGGAACCGGAACCCGUGACCCACUAGUAGCCAUAUUAAAAUAAGGUGCCAUUCCGAUAUUGAGUAUGUAUAGGUACGUGAGUAGCGUGUAGGACCCCCACCCGUAGGCUAUGUAUUGGUAUUGAAGGCGCGAGCGAAGGCCCCGGCAAAGGAUUCCCGCUUUUCUACUCCACGGUGGCGGCGUUUGCAAAUGUUUCUCGUCUCGUCACCCUUCCCGGAACUUUUGUUAAACAAACACACGUACACUUUCUAUCUCUUUCUCUCCUACUGCGAUUCGGUACAAUUUUCGCCGUUCCCCGAAAAUGUGAAAAAUCGAUUGCUUUCCCACGAAUUGGUGAAAGGUUGUUUCAUUGAUUGCAAACGUCAAACUGCUCGUCACAUUUGGUGUGUGCAUGUGGACACUCGUGAAACCAAAGUUCCUAAUCUUUAUGAUAAGACAAGCACUGACACACCGACACCUGGGAAACAUACAAACACACAGGACACACUUCAAGCC